AUGUCACAGCUAAGUAAGAAUCUGGGUGGUUCGUGUCUUCCCACCGAGGCAGCGAAGUCCCCUGUCUGUAGCAUCAGGGUUCUGAUCCGAGGCCUGCCCGCCACUUCGAGGCCCAGCCCUUGGGAUCCACCUCCAAUUGACCAGUUUUCUUCGGCCAUUUGGCAGGCACCUCAGCCUGCCUGGGUGGCUCUGGAGGGCCAGCCUUCAACCCCAGUGGCCCAACCUCCUGCCCUAGGGGCCCCAGUGGUUCUGUCUUACUCUUGGCAUCCUCCAGUAGUCCAGUAGGCUCAGUCUCCAGCACCAGGAGUUCUUUUGGUCCAUUGUUCAGCUCCUAGAAUCUCCAUGGCCCACCCACCCCCUCCAGGGACUCGUAUUCCGGGCACACUGAUGGCACACCUGCCCCCUUCUGCCGCCCCAAUGGUGCACCCUCUCCCUCGGGAGAUCCUGAUGGCUCAUCCUCCUGCUUUGGGGACUGAGAUGGUUCAUCCUCCUACAGUGGGUUUGCCAGUGGCUCAACCUCUGCAGCCAGAGGCACAAAUAUCCCAUCCUGCCCUCACAGGGAUCCCGAUGACCCAGCCUCCAGUUCCAGGUGUCCUGAUGGCCCAGUCAUUGACUCCUGGAGCCCAGAUGGUCCAAACUUCGAUGCCAGGAGCUCCAACAGUCCAGCCUCCAUUUCCUGGGCCCUCGAUAACCCAGCUUCUGCCUCCUGCAGCCCAGAUGCCCAAGCCUGGUCCUGGCACCCUGAUGAUCCAGUCUCCAAGUCCCGGAGCCCCAGUCACUCAGCCCAACUUCGAGGGUGCACCAAUUGUCACAUCUGCUCAGUCUCUGGCUUCUUGAGUCCCACAAACUUAGCCGCUGAUCCAAUCUUAGAUGAUAAAGGUUCCACUGGUUUCACUGUGCCCUCAGGCCCCCCGGGCACAGUUGGCCAGACCCCUGGGCUAUCAGUCCACUUCACCACGCUGGCAGGCUUCUCACACCACACCACUGACCUGGAAGACCAUGCAGGUCACCUGUCAAGCCUCAGAAAUUGCCCUGUCAGGUGCCUCUUCCCAUGUGCCAGGGCCUACCAUCCAUCUGGUUGAGCUCACAGCCUUCGCGCCAGGCCCCACUCCCAAUCUGCAAGUCCACCCUCCACACCUGGCCAGCCCCUCAGAUCCAGGCUCCUGUCUGGCAGUCCCUGCCACCUCCUCCGUCCCUGUGACCAGGCAGGCUGCAGGCCUGAAAGGGGCAGGCAACUCUGCAGCAGAUCCUCCCAGUGCUGUCCGCAGGCCACCCAGGCACCCAGAUCUCAUACCACCUGCCAACAUCUGGCAGGUCCCCAAGGGCCAACCCCCAUUGCCACAGGGAUUGCCAACUUCUAUGGAGUUCCAGGACAUGCAGCAGGCCCAAGUCCUGGCCUGGGAUGCCUCACAGGCACCAGCUAACUUCUGCUAG